AUGUCCAAAGCCGCUGUUGCCGAGCCGGCUCGGUCAGCGACCAGCAGGAGCCAGCACGGCUUUCGCAUCGGCGACUGGAUUCCGCGCUCGGUGAACAUCUGGGUUCGGACCAUGUUCUUGCCGGUCGGCUAUCCCGACUCGGUGCAUUCCUGCUACACGGCCGUGCACAAAUGGCAGUUCGUCGAGACAUUUCUCGGAAGCAUGGUCUCGGUCCUGUGCAGCGAGGCCAUGCUCGAGUCGCUUGGCGUGGGAACAGCCGCUGCCGCUGGCGGUGCUGUCGCAAUCCAGUGGAUGCUCAAAGACGGCUUUGGCGAAAUCGGAAAGCUCCUGUUCAUUCACUACUCGGCAAAGUCAUUUGACUCGCACCCAAAGUCUUGGAAGAUGGUGGGCGAGGCGGCCUGCCUCCUGGGCUCGACCACGCAACUAUCAACGAUCCUGGCACCCGGCUAUCUGUUCCUGCCUCUGGCGUCGCUGGGAUAUUGCCUGAGAAGCAUCCACUUUUCGAUCUGGAAUGCCACCCACAUGACUUUUACUCGCAACUUUGCCAACUCUGGAAAUGUCGGCGACAUUGUGGCCAAGGACGACUCGCAAAUGUCGCUGGCCCACCUCUGCGGCAUGGUUGCCGGCGUGAGUACACUGGCCAUAUCCCACUCGCCGUGGUUUCUCUUCGCCUCGUUCUUCACUCUGGCCCCGGUCCACUAUUAUUGCACAUACAAGCUCGUGAACGCCAUCCAGUUUGAGGUCUUCAACGAGGCCAAGCUCGGACUGGUGACUCGCGAGUACGUCAAGUCGGGCCAAGUCAUGACCAUGCUCGAGAUCCAGCCCAAAGAGAUCAUGUUUGGCGAGUGGGCCAACCCUAAGGAGCUGAUUCCAAAGAUAGUGAUGACUCGGCCAAUCUCCAAGGUUCCUUGGCUGACCUUCUCUCACUCUCACUCGUUAUGCCCCUUUACUCACGCUCUGCCGGUCGGUUGGUCCCUCCAGGGAGAGCGCUACUUGCUGGGAUUCUCGGCUCGAGACCAGAGCGUUGCCGUCGUGCUCCAUAUUGACGCAGAAGCGGAUGACAUUCUCAAGGCCUAUCUUCAUGCCAUGAAGUACCACGCCGAAUGGAGCCACCGCAAGCCAGACAUGGAUAACGCUCGCCAUUUGGAGAUCCUGGCCGAGACAUACGAGUGGAUGGGCAGUAACUUUGAUACCUUCAGGACCGAGCUGGACAUCAAAGGCUGGAACUGCGACGUUGUCUUCUUCAUGGACUCGGGCCAUCGCGCUGAGUGGGAGAGACGGCCUGACAUUUGUGCCAAUCAGGGCUGCGCGGGCAGUGAAUGA